UCUUUAUAUGCAGACAGUCGGGCUCUUUCUCUCUCUGAUCUUCCCUCUCUCUUAUGUUCCCACACCCCCCCUUCUUCCCUCCCCUUUGUUGUAUUAGGGGUUUCAGUACGGGAGCAGGUGAACAGGUGGAAUUCACACUGCUUUAGUUUCUCAGGGUGAUGUCUUUGUAUUUUUCACGUCAUUAAGCCUCUGUUUCGGGGCGGUGUGCAUGACACUGUUUAGCAGAACAGCUAUUGUGCGUUAGCUGUCGAGAACAGCGAUGAAUUCCAUCCGCUUUUCAUUCUGUUCAUUCUGUUCUUAUCUGCCUACCUUCCCUUCUCACUUUACCGAGUGUGUGUGUGUGUGUGUUUUCAUUUCUUUAGGUGUGCUAGCUAGAGAUUGUUCAGUCUUUCCAGGAAGUAAGGGAUGAUGCCAAAAGACAAAAGAUCCAUUACUUGUAUGCUAAAGCAUGACAUACAGUACAUUUAUGGAAGUGGACUGAUUAUAGGUGAUUCUCCAUUCAUAAAGACAUGUGAUGCUUACUACUGCUGGUAUAUGAUAAGACAACCAAUCAGAGGCUCUGACUGUUAACCACGCGUUUGUACUACAGUGAACAUAUCAAAAUUGCUGCCCUGUUAAUGCAAAUAUUCACAAAGUUAACUGGUGACUGCUGACGAUUACCAGGGCAAACAUUUUGACGCUGAACUGCUGUUUGAGCAGCCAUUAAAAACGCUGCGUCACGUUUGGAAAACGGUUCCAGAAUAAAAGGUUUGCUGACAUCCUUGACAUUGAAUGUCUGUGCGCUCAGUGUCCUUCACGAACACUGGCCGGUUGUCCUUACUGGACUUCUUUUUCUUUUUUUCUUUUUAGGAAAGUGCAUCUAGUUUUGCAAGAUUUCUUUUAUCAGUUAGAAUUAUUUGCAGUAAGUGCUGUGUGUCCUUUAUUGUGGUUUAAUUUAAAAGUCUUGAGCCUCCUCUCAUUUCUUUACACUACAAAAUGGGUAAGAAGACAUUCAGAAUGACAAUUCUUCUUCAGUCUACAACACAGACUGAAAUCUCUUAGGGAAGCUUUCUUGUCAUUUCUUUAGGAGCAGUUCUCCAGGCUUCUUGAAGGACAUUCAAAGCUCUCUUUGUUCUUGCUGUCUGGAUGAUCCCGCACAGUAGAUGUGUAGGGCCAGACACAUCACUCGGGUCCUUUGUCAGGAUUGGAUUUUUUUUCCUUCUUCAUAAGGACAUGACUUUUAGAUACUGUUCAUCUGUUGUGGAUAGCUUUUAGGCCUGCCACUUCUUCUUUUGUCUUCCCUUUGUCUUUGUUUCCUCAAAUUUUUAAGGACACGCUCUGCAGCAUGCUGAGAUAUGCCAAGUUUCCAGCUAACAGCUUUGAGAAUCAUCUUGGUAGUGCAAAUAUACGAUUUUGUGUCUGUCAGGCUGUGAUAUAUGUGGCAUAGUUCAUAGAUUCAACAAAAGAAAUGGGAACAAAUGAUGUGGUUUUGUAACAAUGCUGGUAAAGCUAAGUAGUCUGUAGACGCAGAACUGGUUCAUCCCUUGAGUCAGGUGCCUUAUUUAUUUAUGAAUGAGUAAUGUGUCAGGGCUGAGUGGCUCAACAAACAGAAAAAACAUUCCUCUGAAGAUGGUCAGGUACUGGGGACAGGGACAGGACUGGAAAUGAGUGGGAAAAGGAGCCAAUGUCCGAAGAAAAUCCCUGAAAGAUCUUAAGGCCUUGCUCAAGACUGCUUUGAAAUGUUCCAAGAAAGUCUGGCUCCUUAGAGGCAAAAUGUAAGGAAAUGAGGGGUGGCUUAAAACUUUUGCACAAUACUGCGUGAAUUUUAGCUGAAGUGGUGAUUUAACAAGUGCAGCUUUAAUCCUGUACAACUGGCCCAUCUCCUCUGGUCUGUCUCUUAUUUCACGCCCUUGCUGCUCAUGCUCCGUCACAUGAUUGUUAGUUUUGUUUCUCGUGUUGGUGGAGGACACUCAUCCACAUUGACGUUACAGCGGUUGCUGGUUGUUGGCCAGAUAAUAGGUGGCUACAGUGCAGUUAACAGUCAUAAGGAUGACUAUUUCUUUAUUUCUGUGGUGUCCGCAUGUUUUUGAGCUCCUUCAGGUCUUUUACUCAUAGUUCUUUAUCCUUCUUUCAUGGUCUCCUUGACCUUGGCAGUGAUUGUAGCAGCUAAGCACACAAACACACACACACUGCUGCUGCUCUUUCACUGGUUAGCGAUAAGCCACAUGACCAACGUGUCAGCUGACAAAUUCUAGGCAAAAGGGAAAACUUCUUUCAUCACAAUGGAAGGAAAAAAAAAGAUCAGGACUUUAACGUCCUGUGAGCGCGCGGUUGUGCGGUAGGAGGCCAAAAAGGCUUUCUUUUUGUGCUGAGUCAUUUUUGUUCACGAUAAGUGGGACAUGCAGAUUGGCUGACAGCAGUUACAGGAUGCGAGGUGACCCUUUGAAUGAGGAAGUGUUAGACUGAGUAGAACCAGACUUUUCCUGUUUGGCUUCAGUGCAGUCUUAUUAUCUGAGCAUUUUUAAGCCGAACAGCAUUUUUCCCCCCUCUUUAUGCUGGACAGGUUUAAUCUUUCUCUCUCCAUGCACGCUACAAGCUUUGUGCAAUCACAUAUAUGCAAGUGUUUGACACCCUGUGCUGUUUGCUCCCUCUGUUGGGGUGAUGAUGACGAGAAUGCUGAAGUGAAACCGUUCCCGUCCAGUUAUGAUUCGCUACAUUUCACAAGGACACUUGUGUCCUACAAAAGGCAUGGGUGACAAAAUACUUAGUAAUACAAAAUACUUAAUGGUGUGAUACUGACCCUAAAAUAGAGCAUGUUGCAAAACUGUAUGUGAUAAAGGAGGAGGAGGACUGGAGAUGCUGUUUUUGUUUUUUGCAUUUUUGUGUAUAUUUUUGUUUCUGUUUUGGUUUUAGAUUUUUAGUAGAUCUUAUCUACUGUAUGUGAAGCAAUACUGGACAGUUUUACUGGUACUUUUUACUACUACUAAACAUUUUAUAUUUUACAGUUAUUAGGUCAGAGCUGACUGGUACAUGCUGACAGAUAAACAUGGAUAACAUCACACUGAAACCCCAGAGUCUGUCUUUAUUUUUAUUUUUUUAUUUUUAAAGCGGGUUGAGUUGCUGACUCUGACAGUGGGGUGAUCUGCUGCCUGGUGGAAAUCUUUUCAUGAGAAACGGACACCUUGCGGUGCUGAGACACAUGUCAGGGCAUUUCUGUAAUGUUUAUGCAUUAACUGUAGUAAAGACACUGAAGUUUACAUUCAACACAAAACCUAAACGCCACCCCAACGAGAUCUCGUUGCAAACCCGCUGAUGAUGUUUGACUUUAUACGUGAAUUUCAAACGCUCUAAAAUGCAGCGCUGAUCAUACUUCUCAAAUUGAAUGCAGCAGAUACUUUUAAAUGAUUUUGCAGAAGUUUUUAUGAUCGAUUCAUUAAACGGAAUAAUUGUUCUUAAAGGUUAGCAAAGGCAAAUGGAAAUGUGCACAGGCUGUAUCAUAUCAGCAUAUGUUUGAGCAUCUGGAGUGUUUGCACUGGUCUGAAGUCAAUGCCAGUAUCUAAACCUUAACAUUUAAAUAUCUGGUGGUAUGACUUAGUUUCAUGUGCAAGUUAUUGAAAGCUGGAGGUGCGGACAGAAGCAGAAAGAGCAGCGCAGGUGUCAAUGAUAAUGGAUAUAGCACUGAUUCAGUCAGAUUCAGUCAGGGUUGCAAAGUGGUGUGUAUAUGUGCACUGACUGUAUGAGAUUUUCAGUUUGGAUGUUUGCACAGGUAUCACCUGAGCCAUCAGCUCAUGAGGGCUGGCAUUGUCCUGCCUGAACGAACGUCAUGCUCAAUUAACACUGACUUUAUUUGAAAAAAACGUUACAGAACGCACAGACCGGUUAACCUUGAGCUGAGAAAAGUCAGAUGUACAUUAAAAUAAAACUGCCAAUAAAACUGUUUAAAUUCUUGUUUUCUGUGUGUAACCACAUUUACACAGUAAACUUCCAGCUCAGUGAUAUCAGCUGAUGUUGGUCUUUUGGGGUGUUGAAUUUUUGGUAUUUGCUGCUCUCACUUUGAUUUAGAAACAAGACAUCAGGCUUUUCUACAGACUUGAACAUCACACUGUCCGUUGUAAAAGUCGUUUGUGUACUGCUUCCAAUGGUUCAUGUCAGACCUGCAGGGCCGGUCCCAUAUCUCUUUCUCUCUGUUUGUGUCUCUUCUUCAUUCGGCUGUGACUCUUUGCUUGUAUUGCAUUUCAUUCACGCUGUUUUGCACCUUUAUUUGAGAGACCCUGUUCUUGCUGUUGGUUUAAACCGUAGUAGCUUCCCACUUUAGCUUUUGGAGGAAGUGAUUCUUGGGGACAAUUGGCGCCGGCCAUGAUUUUUCAAAUUCAUAUAUCUAUUAACAACUAUAGCUCCUCUUGUAGAGAUAGUUGAAAAAAUAUACAACCUUAAUUAAUGAUCUCUAAACCUACUUUUGUUUUGUUCUUAUUUAAAUUUUUAAAAGAUUAUUUGGGUUAUUAGAGAUAAUAUUAUCAUAGUAUAAAUAUCACCUGGGUCAUGAAUCGUUGAUGUGAGAUCAGGAAGGCACCUUAGAGAUGCUUACUUAAAGUUUGAGAGGCAGUGCGGGAGCCAUAAAGUCAUCUUGGUGUUUGAGUCACGCGCUCUCCUACUUUAAAAUAAAUUUAUGACUCUGUAUAGCCAUCACAGCAACCCUUUUACACCCCACUGGAGAGAGAAUAGAUUUCUCCAUUUUAAACUUUGAACUGGGUAUCUGCAUAUAAUGAGAGUGUGUACUGCCAAAAGAACCAGUGAUUGCCUGUCCUUCAUUAACAGAGCCACUGGUUAAUGUGUCACUUGUACAAUGGCACUAACACACACGCACACAUGCACAAACCUCCCCCUGUAGUAACUGUAUCCCAUCUGAUAAGAUUAUAGGGCACUGUUCUCUUUACAGGUUGAAGUUAUGUAAAUUGUCAGUUCUUAUUCUCUGUCACCUUCCUCGUGUUUUUGGUAAAUAUGACUGGAAUGUGACUGCUUUGCUUUGAUUUCCAUUUACUUUGUCUUUAAUAUGUUACCACCAAAGUGACUUUCAGUUCAUAUUUAAUUCAACAUGAACAAAAGAGUCAGGUGAAACUUAAUCAUGAUACUCGCUGGGAGUGGCCAGAAAAAUGUCAUUGUGCACACACUGUGGCAAAACCAGAAAUAUCUAACAGACUUUUUGUAAUCCUGACUUGAUUGAAUCUGAGCUAUAAAUCAAGGAUAUAUCACUUUGACAAAGGGUUUGUGUCUUUCAAUACAACUGAAAAUGCCUCCAGCCUUAAAGUAAUCUCUUCUGAUUUACAGUAUCGCACUAGGUUAAUAAUCUGUACAGACCUUUGACUGAAAUACGCCUGAAGAUAUAGAAAAAGGGAACACUGUUAAACCCCUUAGCUAAAGGUCUGCAUGCCACUCACAGCUUGAUUGACUGAAGUAGCUGUCAGGUGCACAGAAACUGUAUCUUUGUCCAACAAAUUACAAACAUAGCUCUACUAGCUGGUGAAAAAUAUGGCAAACUUGUUUUUACCGGCGCAAAAAAACACACACAAAAAACAUUUUUUUGGUGAAUUUUCCACAAACCGCCUUGAGACUGGACUGAAGCUCCGUGACUGCUGCUAACUGCUCCCAAUAGUGAGGACUGAUUAAAAUAAACAAAGUUAGCUUGUUUGUCCAAGCUAACAUGCUGAGCUUAGCUUAAAUGAUUUAGCUUAACUUCUGAUAGCUUAACUUGGCUUAACUUGAAAGUUAGCUUUUUGAGAUAUUUAGUUACAUUUACAUUUAAUGUAAACAUUUAAUUAGCAAUGAUAAUUAAAAAUAAAAUAAACCUGUCAAUCACUAAAGUAUAUGUUAGCGUGUGAAAGAAAUUUAGCUCACAAAGCCACAGAAAGGCCUCUAGCCUCACGUUUUUAUUUUUAAUGAGAGGCGUUCCCUCCUUACUUUUUAGUUGUUUCUAGCUCUGCCAGUCUGUUACAUUUAUUAAAAACUGGUGUUUAAACAUCAUCUGAUUUUGAUAUAUUUCACAUAUUUAUUUUCUAUCUGUGGUUUUGGAAUGAGCUGAUGUGAUCAGCGAGAUCUUUUGUUGUUUUUUUUGUUGCCUAACAAGAAGAAAGAAGAGCUUUUAUUGUGUGAGUGCUAGAGUGUGUUUAUCUGUUUCACAAAGGUCUGUAGGUAGAAUAAACAUUCACUGAUUGCUUUGUUUUGGGACUGUGAAAGUUUGUUGUCCUCUUAGACAAAAAGGCUGGCAUUUGGAAAAUUUUCCUGCAAAUUCCAGUAAUUACUUCCUCGAUCAUCGUUCUACUCCACGUCAGGUUUUUUUGGUUUUAUUCAUUUAAUGUAAUCAGGAGUGUAUUGUUCUGAAUCCCACGCAAGCUCAUGACUUUUCUCUGAUGUCAGUCACACCCUUUGCCCUUUCAUCCCUUGCAUUCCCUUUCCUCUGACUCCUUAUCUGCUUAGCAAGAGAGAGAGCGAGAGAUUGAAGGAGGGAGAAAAGGUGGGUGAGGGAGGGGGUUACCUGCCCUAAGUGGCCCCACCUCUCUCCUCUGGCCAUUGAGAAUGAGUAAACACUAAACCACCUUUGCUUACCUCGGCACUCAAACACACAGACUCAGGCACUCAAGGAGACUGGCUAAACUCCUGCAGCCUGUCAACACCAAAGGAGUGUGAAUGGACGCAGGGAGAGAGUUUUAGAUAGGUGUGAAAAGAUACCCCGUCAACACAGACUGCAUCUCCUCGGCCUGAUCGACAACAUCUGAGUCUGGAAAACAGGCCCUGAUCUGAUUGGAUGGUUUUGUCAGAAUGACAGCUGAAGAUCCUGCUUCUUCUUCGACCAUGAGUAACAACGUUGCCCCCUCCAAAUCCUCUGGUGCCCAUCACUCUCACCAUGGACAGCUCAACAUCCCUGAGGGUGUUGCUGGUGCACCUAAUGAGGCCUCACUGGUGGCCCUGAUGGAGCGUACUGGCUACAGUAUGGUCCAGGAAAAUGGUCAGCGAAAGUACGGUCCCCCUCCCGGUUGGAAUGGUGCAUCUCCUCCUCGAGGCUGUGAGAUCUUUGUCGGAAAGAUUCCGCGGGAUGUUUAUGAAGAUGAGUUGGUCCCAGUGUUUGAGUCCGUAGGACGCAUCUAUGAGAUGCGCCUGAUGAUGGACUUUGAUGGGAAAAAUCGAGGGUACGCUUUUGUAAUGUACACAGAGAAACACGAGGCCAAGAGAGCCGUGCGGGAGCUGAAUAACUAUGAAGUGCGGCCUGGGCGGCUGCUGGGUGUCUGCUCCUCAGUGGACAACUGCCGUCUUUUCAUUGGUGGCAUUCCCAAGACCAAGAAACGUGAGGAGAUCCUGGAAGAGGUCUCCAAGGUGACAGAAGGCGUAUUAGAUGUGAUAGUUUAUGCCAGCGCUGCAGACAAGAUGAAGAACCGUGGCUUUGCCUUCGUAGAGUAUGAGUCACAUCGUGCAGCAGCCAUGGCUCGCAGGAAGCUGAUGCCUGGACGCAUUCAGCUGUGGGGCCACCAGAUUGCAGUGGACUGGGCAGAGCCAGAGAUUGAUGUAGACGAAGACGUGAUGGAAACAGUGAAGAUCUUGUAUGUCAGGAAUCUAAUGAUGGAAACCAGCGAAGAGACGAUCAGACAGAUUUUCAGCCAGUUUAACCCUGGAUGUGUAGAGCGUGUAAAGAAAAUCCGUGACUACGCCUUUGUCCACUUUACCUCCCGGGAUGAUGCUGUGUUGGCUAUGGACAACCUCAACGGCACAGAGGUAGAAGGGUCCUGCAUCGAGGUGACACUCGCCAAACCUGUCGAUAAAGAGCAGUACUCACGCCAGAAGGCUUCAAAGGGGGGAGCUCCUGCCACUUCAGAGGCUACUCAGCAGAACUACGUUUAUCAGUGUGAUCCCUACACAUUGGCAUACUAUGGUUAUCCUUACAACACCCUCAUUGGACCCAACAGAGAGUACUUCGUCAAAGGAUCCCCAAUGAUACAGAACAAUGCAGGUACUGUGAGAGGUCGUGGUCGUGCUACUGCAGGUAAUCGUACCCCUGGGCCACGGGGGUCGUACCUCGGAGGUUACUCUGCCGGUCGUGGCAUCUACAGCCGCUACCACGAGGGCAAGACCAAGCAGCCUGAAAAGUCCUAUGAGCUGAUGCCCAGUCUGGAGCUCGCUGCUUCCGUCAACCCAGUUGGCAUCAAACAUGGCACAAUGGCAUUACAGACUCUGGGUGGGCAGUACCCAGUGUUCAGCGCCACUCCUGCAGCCAAGCUGAUGGAGGAGGGGAAGGUGCACACAGUGGAGCAUCUUAUCAACCCUCUGGCCAUGCAGCACCCCGAACACUCCCCCGCUGCUGCUGCUGCUACUGCUGCUGCUGCUGCUGCUGCCACCGUCCUACCUGCGGUCUCUACCCCUCCACCCUUCCAGGGCCGUCCAAUCACUCCAGUCUAUGCCAUGGCCCACAACGUACAGCGCAUCCCAGCAGCUGGUGGUCUGUAUGGACCUGGGUAUGUCCCCAUCACAAACUACACUGCCAACACAGCAGCUCUGGCAGCUCUGCAGAAAAACGCAGCCGUGGCGGCUGCAGCAUACGGAGGUUACGCCGGCUACGCGGUGCCCCAGGCCUUCCCCGCCACAGCCUUCCAGCUGCCCAUCCAUGAUGUCUACCAGACAUACUGAUUAAGAGGCUCAGAUCCUGCCUGUGACUGAACUACAUCUCAGCAUUGUCUGUCCCAUCACGUAGAAACAUCUCAAACUUGAGCUCGAAAGGAAUUUGUAGCAAAUAUUAAAAGCACACACAGUGACAAACAGCCUGACGUCUCCUAUCGGCCUCGGUAUGUCCUCAACCCAAGGUGAACAUAGUGUUUCUAAUUAGGCAGCAUCACUGUUUUCUACUGAAUAAUGUAACAAAUGUAACAAACGACAACUCCCAAUAACACCCCUCUGCCUUUUUUGUUUCUCUCCGAAUCCCACCACGGGAACACCGAAGGUACGUUCAAGUAUUUAUGAAGAGAAGAUAUAUAUUUAAGGUGUCUAUUCUUUGUCGCUCUCUCUUUCCAUGUUGCCGUGGUAUUUGUUCUAGAUUUGAAACUAUUUUCAGAGUAACAAUAAAAAAGAGAGACGAGUUAAUCGUAAGGAAGAAAAACUACAACAGGAACUACUGAUAAAUACCGCUGAAGACUGCUGUCUUCAGAUAUACUAAUGCCUUUUUCCCCCCCCAUCAUUAUAUAGUAUUUUAGCCAAUUUUACAUGCUGUAGGUGAUGCUGUCCGUCCAUGCUGGUUGAAUGCUUUGAACACGCCUGUUUGGUACUUUUUGGUUAUUGUAGUUUUUAUUGUGUUUUUGGUUGUUUUACAUGAAGGUUCUAGGUUUUCUAGGUUGCAUUUAUUUACCUAUAAUUAGCUCAUUUUUGCUCUUUUUUUUGCUUUGCAAGGUUGUUUCUCUGUCUCCUCUUUGAUACAUUGAAACACAUUUGUUGGUUUUCUUUGAAGAAAUGUUGCCUGCUAAAUAUUUGUUAUUUUGACAGAUUCCUGUUGGGAACAAAUAAUUAAGAAAGAAAACUGGAAAGCUUUUUGAAUGAUGUUCAGCUGACAUGGAAAAUGUUCCACAUUUAAAGAAACGGCGGUAAUAGGGGAUUAAGACUGAAUAGAUGUUAGCUGUUUUUUGUUCUUACUCAGUUAUGUAUGUUUUUUUCUGAUGUUUUUAAUUGUGAACAACUACGGACAGAAAUGAGAGACAUUUUUCUAUCUGGACUGGAGCACUCUAUCACUUGAACAGCUUGUACUUUUUGCCAGUGCUGACCAAAAACCUUAACAUCCACUUCAGUCUGAGGACUUUAGAAAGACUCCUGACUAUAGUGCCUUACACCUACACGCUGUUUAUGCAACUGCCUGCUUUUCACUGUGCCUUUUUGUAAGAAAACCAAGCCCGCGUGUUUUGGCACAAAGAAGAAUUUGUAUAUCCCAUGAUGCAGAUUUGUGGUAUUACUGUAUUGAGGUUUCAGCUUUUGUAGCCAGAUGUGCCAAGGUUGCCUCCAUCCUCUUCCGAGGUGCACGUAAAUGUAUUUAUAAAAGGCGAGAAGUUGCCACUUUCAGAUGAAGAGAUAUCAAACGUGUGAACUGGAGCAAAGUUUGUGCUUCUUCUCAUAUAAAGCCUGCAGCUGCUCAAUGCUCAGCGGGCGCUUUGAAAACUUUGCAGUGCAUCUACACAAGUGUACUUGUGGACUGGGAAUAACUGGGAGCAAUACAUCCCACUGGAAUAUGCAAGUAUUGUAACACUCGAAUUCAAACAGCUGCUGAUCAUGAAGUCACACUCCACAAGAGCCAUCCUUUAUGAAAAAUGCCAAACAUUUGAGUGUCCUUUGAUUUGUAAACCAGCUCUUUUUUCUUUUGUAUUAUUAUUAUUCUCCUUCACCGCAUUCGAUGGUAUUUUAUUUGCUAAUAUGAGGGCUCCCUGGCUUUUAAGUUUAGGCCCAAGAGUGUGAGUGAAAAGACUGCUUAACUAGUCCAUAGUUGUGUAAUCUCACUCUGUAUUCUGCAUUUUACUGCUUCUCUCUCUCCUUUGAAACUGGAUUUAAUGUAGAAAACAAACUGCUGUUAACGGCUCUUAUUAUGAUCUUGUACGAUGACAAUAAGUCGGGAUAUAUUUAAUAUAUGCAUUACGUGUGUUGUUUAUGAAGUGAGAAGAAAAGGCAUAAUAUAUUGUAAAACCUAUUUGUUUUCUUUAUUUACACCUUGUUUAGGUAUAAAAGUCAGACUAACAAAAGUAGAUUCUUUUUUUCCCCCAAAGUGUCCAAUAGUUUGUUAAACAUUGGAGGUUAUUGUGCUUUUGUUAGGUGUAACGUUGUGUUUGCUAUUUGGAACUGGACGCGGUGUUUAGAGUGGGAACGCCAAGUUCUCCCCGUUAUCGAUAUCAAAGGUUAAACCUGGCCCGCCGAGGCGUUACGACCCAUUGGCGCCUCCGGCUCAAUGUGUUGCAACUUUUUUUGGCUAAAUAAUUAAAAGAUCUAAUGAUGGGUGGAUGGGGCAAUGAUUUAACCUUCACCAAAAUUUCACGUGGUUUUAACAACAGAAAACUGCAUUCUCCCUUCCACUCACAGCACCUGCUUUACUUUCCAUCACCUGCAUUUCACCCACAAUGCAGCAGCGGCAGCAGGACGAUCUUCCUGUGUCAGUAUGGAGCUGCGCGUGCCUGGUUUAACUUAGAUGUUCGGGUUUAGCAUCUUUAACUCUUCGUAGUGUGUGCCUUUAUUGCCAACAUGUGCCCUUUGUAGACCUAUGCAGACUCUUUUCUAUCAGAAGGCCCCGUUUCCUUGUUCAGCAUUGGUAUAUUUAUAGUGAUAUAGUAGAUAAAUAAAGCAUUUUUGAAAGGA